AUGUCCUGCUCCCCUGCCUCCUUUCAAACACUUCCAAACGGCGUUCAGCUCACGAUUGGCCCUCCGUCUGAGAUUUAUGACAGCAAAUUUACGUUGGUGAAGGCGGUGGUUCCUUUCGGCGUUAACUCCGUCGAGGAAAUUCCUUGUAUAGGGAGGGAGGCAGCGCACUGUCUGGAACAUCUUCUCCUCAAUGGUGUGAUGGAAGAUGGUCUGACGCUCACCGAGGUUCUCUUCAAAAAGUUCGGCGCAUCCAUCAACGGAAGUGUAAACGGCUAUUACACCACCUUCGAAAUGCAGAUCCCGCCUGCAUGUGUCUCCUCAGUCCUGAAAACUUUUGCCAAUCGUGUGGAAACCUUUGCAGCAUCGGUCACAACUCCAGCGAUUCUCCAGGUCUUAGACGAAAUUGAUGGAGAGUAUCUCACGGACCAACCAACCUUAGACACACCACAUGACAUCAUUGCAGGUUUUGGGCGAAAGCUACCACGUCACGGAUUAGGGGAACCGUUGCGUACGAGAUGGAUGAGCGCCGAUCAUUCCGUUCAAGAGUCGGCGCUCCGCGCGUUAGUGCAGCUAUCUAGUCACCAGUACAGGCCUCAUUCGAUGAUUGUGGCCUUUUCAAAGGAUCAGUCAGGUCUUAUUGACGUCCAAACAGCUGUGGGGUCAUUUGUACUCUUGAGCCUUGAGGAUGUGCCAAUCGUCCUAUCCCAACCACAGACCUCAGAACGAAGACUGGCUGGCAUCGAUGUGUCUAUGGCAAUGCUGCCACAGCCAUGUGAUACUCAUUGCGCAAUAGAGAUUCAGUAUUAUCUACCAGAUUUCAAAGGGCGCGCCAAUCCUUCAUCUAUUCACAAGCUGCUCCAUUUGUUCACGGCAUCUCUUCGUACGAAGAUGCGAAGGUAUCAAGUCCACGUCACAGUUGACUUGGCAGACACCUGUUACCCUGGGCCACCUGCUCUGGCGUUCAAGGGGCAGGCAAGACGUUUCUUCGAAGGCUUGAACCACCUACCAAGCAUGGUGGAUAGCGUGGCCCGAGAAUUGCAACAAGGGAACGUGAUUUGCAGCUGCAUGGAUCCAGGCUAUCGCCGUCGGAAGGCGAGCGAGCCAGAAACAUUGCGUGUGACUUUGGACAGGUUAUUCAUGGGAGAGCGCAAUGCGCAAACCCAGAGCUGCCCGUUCGACGUUAUGACCGGGCCCAAGAUCCAGGCAUUGCUGACGGGUAUACAUCCGAAGGCUGCCUUCAUCAUUGUCGCCACAAUGGAUGACUUCUCCUGUCUUAACCAGAUGGGGAUCAUUCAGGGGCAGCAUUGCUCGCAACCCUACUCCUUAUUAUUGGCGCUGAGCGGACCUACCAUCCCGUGCUCCCUCGCUCGUGCCGGCAACAAACGAAGGCUUCAAGAUGUUCCUGAGCCUCAGUUGGAGCAGGCAGGGCCCAAGAGGCGGCGAGCAAAUUCCCGAACUAUUGCAAGCACACAGUCGCCUGAAGAGCUUCCAAUUGACGUGAGGAAGUUGUUCCAUGUGCCUGUCUCUCCCUCCGAAGGCAAGCUCACCUUACCGCGUGCUUCUCGUCACUCACCUGUUUCCAACAGUGGUUACAAUCCACUUGUGCCGGUCACCAACCUGGACACUUUCAGUCUCAGAGCCGAUAUGGAAGCUGAUGGCAUGAAAGGAUUCAAGGACGGAUUGGGAUGUAUCUGGUCUUUCAAAUUUGCUGCUCUAUCUGCUUUCAAACCUGGGGACAUUCGACAGAAGCUGCAGAAAAUGCUCACACUCAUCCAAGACACGGAAGAGGAGGCUUGGAGAUACCUGCUAGUGGUGUUCCAAGACUGGCAUAAAAUGGAUGUAGACCCGACUUUCCUUCCGACGGCACGACAAGUUCUUGUGGAGAUGUUACAGCAAACGCUUGGCCAGCGAGAUUUGUAA